AUGUCGCGGCAUGCGCCUCGAAAUGCAGGCAGAAAAGGGCCCCAGCUGCCGUUUGCCAUACAACAGAAGCUCGGUCUGCAGCAAAAUAACAAAAGGAAGAGGACACAAGUUGCAGAACGCAAGCAAGAAAGGAAGGAGGCAAGGAGAAGUCAUACCGGCUCUAGCCACAAGCGAACAAAGGUCACACACGAAACAUCAGAUAAACAAAUAAACAACAAGCUGUAUGACAAAGUUGCGCCGAGCACGAGUCUGCAAGAGGCGGAAGGUCAGGGAUUUUCUGACUACUUACACGAUGUAACAUCGUCCGACUUGUCAGAAGAGGAGAUGCAAGACUUUGGUACCAGCAAAACCAAUAGAUCGAGGGACACGCUAAACAGAACCAAGAGUCUAAGCCCUUCUCGAAGUCCUCUACUCGAGCAAGAAGAUGAGGAGGAUUGGGACGAAUUGUCCCGCGGAUCCAGGGAAUAUUCUCCAGAAGUUGUACUCGAUGCUAACUCGACGACCUUUAAGCAAAGACAAUCUGAGGACGAUGCUGAGAUCCUUGCGCUAGAGAAGAGGCUGGGCGUGCGAGCAAGGAAAAACAAGGUCUUCGAGGAUGACUAUGACGAUUUGCUACAAGGCCUCGAAGGAGAUAUUGACUCGGCACCUCAGAAGCACAAGGAUAAACAAUGGCUUGAGCAGAAAAGGUCGACGCUCGAAGCCCAGCGCGCUCCAAAUAGGGCACUGCCUGAAGAAGGUGAACCCGACUCUUCAGAGAACGAUGAUGCAGAAUCUCAAGAUUCAGACCAGCAAUCGGCCGAAGCAACGGACGACUUCGAGGAUUUUGACACAUCGGGUACAGAAGUGGAGGACAGUAUUUCACUGCCGGAAGUAGAAGUCCCUGUGAGGAAACAGCGAGAGAAUCCUUAUAUUGCGCCUGUCACCCCUGGCGCAAGCCUUGCUAAGCUCAGACGUCAAGCACAGGGCUCUCUCAACAAACUCUCCGAGGCGAACAUUGUUUCUAUAGUAGACGAAUUUGACAAAUUGUACCAGAAUAAUCCUCGCCAAGAUGUAACGACUGCCCUUAUCGACCUUCUGCUCGCAGCAUUGAGCAUACAUUCGGCUCUUCAGAACACAUUCAUCAUUCUACAUGGUGCAUUCGUGGCAGCUCUAUACAAGAUAUUGGGAGCUGAUUUUGGAGCUGAGAUCGUGAGCAGGCUAGUGGAAACGUUUAAUAAGCAUCACACCGAUGCCAGUUCCCAAGGCAAAGAGAGUUUGAAUCUGAUCAGUCUGAUUGCUAAUCUCUUCACAUUUGGCGUCAUUUCAAGUGCCCUUGUCUAUGAUCACAUUCGCCUGUUGUUGUCUGAUUUUGGCGAGAACAGUGCCGAGUUAUUGUUACGCGUCAUACGAGAUUGUGGUCCGCAGCUGAGAACUGAUAACCCGACGGCACUGAAGGGCAUCAUACAAAUGAUGAAUGAGAUCGCAGCUAGGAUGUCUACCGAAGGCCAAACCGUAAAUGUUCGAACACGGGUAAUGAUGGACGCUAUUGUGGAUCUGAAGAACAACAAGACACGACAAGCUACCAAUGCAGCAGGGAUUACUGGCGAACAUCUGACACGCAUGAAGAAAGCACUUGGGUCGUUAAAUACGCGGCAGCUACGAGGCACUGAACCUCUAGGUAUUAGCCGUAACGACAUCCUCAACAGUGAGAAGAAGGGUAAGUGGUGGCUUGUGGGCGCAAGCUGGAAAGGUCACGAUCAAGGCGAAGAUUUACAGCCUAAAGCUGCAGCUCAAUCAACAACGAGCGAUGAUCUUGAUGACCAAGACUUUGACCCAGACAACAUUGAUUACAUCUCUCUAGCGCGCCAUCACAAGCUUACAACGCCUACACAAAGAUCGAUAUUCACAGCCAUUCUGUCCGCUACUGACGCUACCGAUGCCCUCCAUCGCAUCUCAAAACUACGACUGAAUCGUAAACAAGAGCUUGAGAUACCCAAGGUACUGCUUCGCCUGUGUCGUGCUGAACCAGCAUACAACCCUUACUACGCCGUUCUUUCACGCCUACUCUUGCGAGACGGAAAGCGAUAUAAGUUCGCCUUUCAAGUCGCUGUGUGGAAGUUCUUCGAAGAGAUUGGCGAACGUUCCGCCGAGGAUGAUGAUGAUAUGGGUGAAGUAGAGACAAUGCAAAGUGAAAGCGUACAGGUGCAUGAAAUUGCAAACACAGCACGCCUGUGCGCCUUACUGGUAGCUCGAGGUUCCAUGUCUUUGGACGUUCUAAAGACGCUCAACAUUGGCUAUUUGAAGGAGAAUGCGACCCUGUGGCUCGAGAUGUUCUUUGUCAGUUUAUUCACACAACCCAAAAUGACGGAAGAGGUUCUCACGCGCAUAUUUUCCGAGGUCCGAGCAGACACGGCAAGGGUUGUUGACUACUUCUUGCAGCAGAAUGUUCGAAGAAGUGAUCUUGUAGGUGGUAAGGAUGACAGAGCCCAGCUGAAGAAAUGGGUACGUGUAGCUGGAGCUGCCUUGGCCGCAAUGGAGCGAGAUGGACUCGAGGACGACUUCGAGUAA